AUGACGCUACAAUCUCGGGCAGAGAGAACUUCGUUAUUGUUAUCGAAGCUCUUAGAGUACAGGAAGGUUGAUAAGAUGAAUGGAAAUACGAUAGUGCUUACCCGAAUGGAGACAGUAGCUUGCUCCCAAAGAGACCAUCUCAAGCAUAUCCUCCAAAAAACAGGGACUGAGUCGCGAUUGACCAAGGUCCUAACGUUUAUCGCGACUGUCUAUAUGCCAGCAAAUCUUAUCGCGGCCAUUUUCUCAUCGGAUCUUGUUCACGUGCCAUCAGGCCCAGCAGAGCCUGACUUUGGGAUACUCCACGUCCGUAAAGCUAUGUGGGUAUAUGCUGUGUUAAGUGUGACGCUGUCGAGUAUCACCUUUGCAUCCAUAUUCAUAUAUAGAGUGUGGAAAUCGCGCAUCCCUAGGAAGCAGUUAGAGGCUACACUACCCAUGCUGUCGAUCAAAGAUGAAGAAAUGACCGUCAACCCUCUCCUUAUCUAA